CGUAUAUAAUUGGCCAGGCACAGUCUCUCUCGAGUUGAAACCACAAAGAAAGAGAGAGAUGGAGGAAGAGGAACACGAGGUCUACGGCGGAGAGAUCCCCGACGUCGGCGACAUGGACGGCGACAUAGACGCCCACCACGGCGACGUCGACAUGUCCGCCGCCGACGACGACGCCGUUAAGGAGCUGGACGAGAUGAAGAAGCGCCUGAAGGAGAUGGAGGAGGAGGCCGCUGCUCUUCGCGAAAUGCAGGCCAAGGUCGAGAAGGAAAUGGGCGCUGUUCAAGAUCCUGCUAGUGCUGUUGCUUCUCAAGCAAACAAGGAGGAAGUAGAUUUACGAUCUGUCUUUGUUGGUAAUGUUGAUUAUGCAUGCACCCCUGAAGAAGUGCAGCAGCAUUUCCAAUCAUGUGGUACCGUCAACAGAGUGACUAUACUGACAGAUAAAUAUGGUCAACCAAAGGGUUUUGCAUAUGUGGAAUUUGUAGAAACAGAAGCUGUUCAAGAGGCUCUCCUUCUGAAUGAAUCGGAGCUGCAUGGCCGGCAAUUGAAGGUUUUGCCUAAGAGGACUAAUGUUCCUGGGAUGAAGCAGUACCGUCCUAGACGUUUCAAUCCUUAUGCGGGUUACCGCUUCAGGAGGCCAUAUAUUCCGCCUUACGCCUAUUCUCCUUAUGCCUAUGGCAAGGUUCCCAGGUUCAGAAGACCAACACGCUAUAUGCCAUACUACUAGAAUGUUGUUUCAUCUCCUUACUGCUUAUAUACACCCGGUGGAUGUAUUCAAGAUUGUUUGCAUCCCAAGUAUGCUGGCGCAUGCAUCUGGUGAAUUGACGCAUCCCCUUUAAAAAGACAUUGUAACUCUAUAUCUAAGGAUUACUUGAAGAGUUGAGAAUACUGACAUUCUGUCGCGACAUUUUUUCUAUUGCUAAUUGCUAUGGUACAAUGCAGUUGUCGUUAUAAGUUAAAAUUUUAUAGACGCUGAACUAUGGUUAUGGUUUAUGAGCACUGUCAGCUAGCUAGUAGCUAAUAGAAAUUCCUCGCUCGUAUAGGCUUUCUUGGGCCUUUCUAUGGUGUCGUUUCGGCAAAGUGCCUGUUCACAAGUAAUCAUGCCAAGUUUGCAAGUAAUUGUGUACUGUUUAAAGUU